AUGCCUGUCACCGAAUCGCCCGACAUACAUCAUGGUGGUCAAGAUGCUGGUUCAACUGUCAACUGCAACACCCUCCCAUGGCUUCCAUUGGCACCUAAAAUAUGGAUCAAGCUGGUAAAACUCCAGCCAGCGACCGGCGCCCACACUGUUAUCAUUCGCGCCGAGCCCGGGGGCGUUCUUCCGCCACACCGUCAUAUUGAGGCUGCCGAGAUUUUUGUUCUCAAGGGCACCGGCGAUCACCCACAAACAGGUCAUUUCGCUGAGGGGGAUUUUGUCUCCGAGAGCAAGGGCGCUGUCCACGACCCCUUGGUCUUCGAGGUUGAGACAGAGAUGUUGAUGACAAGCCAGGGGCCUUCUGUCUUUCUCGAUGAGCAGGGCAACGAUCUUUACACAAUGGACGUUCCUAUGCUACAGGGUCUUGCGCAGUCGGUCGCUUGA